AUGUCCCAUCAUCACUACACAGACUCCUCACAAAUGACUGAUGACGUUGUUAAUCAAGUCAUUCAAGACGAAAUGUCCAUCGAUCAAGAUAUGAUGAAUAAUAAUCAAGGCUCAUCAUCAGAACAACAACAACAAGCACAUCACCAAGAACAUUUCGAAGAACAAAUCCAACAAUCUAUAUCUCAAUCCAAAAUACCGGCAACUUCCUUUUCUAAAUUAGCCAGAUUGCAACAACAACAAGAACCUGAAUAUGAUCAAUUAGAGGCUAAGGAACUUGAUGGAGAAGUAUUUGAUGUUCAGAGAAAGUAUCAAUUAGAAGCAAUUAGAGGACAGGGAAGUUAUGGUGUAGUUGCAAGUGCCAUGAAUACAAGAACUGGUCACAAAUGCGCCGUUAAAAAGAACAAGAAUGUCUUUCCAAGAGUUUCAAAGAAUAAUGAAGCCACUGUUCCUCACCGAUCCAAAAUGUCACAGAAGAGAAUUUUGAGAGAAUUGAAAAUCCUCCAACACUUGUAUCAUCCAAAUAUUGUCAGAUUGGUUGAUGUUGUUCCUCCAAGAGAUUACGAUAGUUUCGGUGAUGUUUACUUUGUUACAGAAUUGAUGGAAGCCGAUUUAAGAGAUAUCCUUUCCAGUGAUCAACCAUUGACCGAUCAACAUGUUAAAUAUUUUGUAUAUCAAAUUUUAUUAGCUGUACAUUAUACACAAAGUGCAAAUAUUCUUCACAGAGAUUUGAAACCAGAAAACAUUUUAUUGAAUAGCAAUUGUGAAUUAAAGAUUUGUGACUUUGGACUUGCCAGAGGAAUUGAUUUUGAUCAAGAUCCUAGAAUGAGUACAAACUAUGUACAAACUCGUUGGUACAGAGCUCCUGAAUUGAUUUUAAAUAAUGAUAUUGUUUCUAAGGAAACUGAUAUGUGGUCAAUCGGAUGUAUUAUGGCUGAAUUGAUGGGAAGAAAGGUUUUAUUUAGAGGAACUUGUGCAGUUGACCAAAUGAGACGUAUUGUCACAACACUGGGUACACCAAAUGCUGAAGAUAUCAAGGGAUCUGAUCAAGGUAUUGAAUUCAUGGCAACUCUUCCAAAAUCUGAAGGAAAAGAUUUUUUCAAACUCUUCUCCAAUUGUAAUGUACUUGCCAUUGAUUUGUUAAAGAGAAUGUUAGAAUUCAAUCAUGAAAAGAGAAUUACAACAGAACAAGCUAUUCGUCAUCAAUACUUUGCUGACUUGUUCGAAGAAAGUGAUAUUGUCAAUUGUGAUGCUCUCUUUGAUUUUUCAUGGGAAGAUAAGUUAAUUGACUCUGAAGAUAUCAAACGUGAAUGUUAUGAUUCAAUUAUCAAAUAUAGGAAGGAUAAGACAAAUAAUAGAAAUUCAUACAUGUAUCCAAAUAUUUCACUUAUUGAACAAAAGAAGAAGAUGAUCAGAGAAAGAAGACAAAAAGAACAAUUAGCUAAGCAACAACAAGAAGAAGUUCUGAGAAAGCAAAAGGAAGAACAAUUAAAGAAACAACAAGAUGAAGAAGAUGAAAGAAAUAGACAAGAACAAUCCAAUUCAACAUCAACAAGCUCUCAAACCAGAGAACGAAAAGGAACAGGAACUGGAGGUAAAUUCAAACUUUUCAAGAAAGUUAGAGAAUUACUUCAAUAAUCCAAGUUUAGUUCCAUACCAUGUAAAAAGUAAAUAAAAAUUGAAAAAUCUCAAAGCUGGUCUUGGUU